GCAGCUCUGUCCGGCCAGCGGCAGAGGGGAUGUCCUACUAACUUCCAACAACAAAAAAACAAAAACUUUCUAGAAACUUUCAAUCCAACAGAAACAAAUUACACUGACUGACUGACAAAGUGUCGCAACUCGUCUCACUCCUGCGUUAAUGAAACUUUUAGAAGUGUUUUUAUUCUUUUGAACUAAAACAGAGGCUGCACAUCCACUUUGAUAACUGUUGAAUGAGCCGCAAUUGCGUAGUUUCAUUCCGAUUUUUUGUCUUGAUUUUAAUUUGACGGUGAGAUAAAGGUGUUUCUUUAUCACUUAAAGACUCGUGAUGGCUGUCCUAUCACUAGCGUUACUACUCCUAGGAUUUGUAUUGACUUCAGCUGACAAGGCUGGUGACGUAGAUAACGAGGACCAGCUGAGAAGCCGUCUGAAGGAAUACGGCCUGGUCACUCCCUUCAGCACCGACUCUCGUGGACACUACCUGUCACACCUGCUCUCUGCCAAGCACAAGCAGCGUGUCAAAAGGGAGGUGUUUUCUUCUGGUGAAGUUGAUCAAAAACUUUUCUUCAACAUCUCCGCCUUCGGGAAGGAGUUCCACCUCCGUCUGCGCCCUAAUAACAGACUGGUGGCGCCGGGCGCGAUGGUGGAGUGGCACGACGAGAUCCAAGGCUUCGGGAACGUCAGUGCCGGUGACGAUGCCAGUAUGGGCGCCAACCAGACCGGAGCCACCAGCAGGGCAGAGAGGAUACUGCAACGUGAGCUGCUAAAAACAGACUGCACCUUCAUCGGUGACAUCACAGACGUUCCCGGGGCCUCGGUUGCCAUUAACAACUGUGACGGACUGGCUGGGAUGAUCCGCACCAACUCAGACGAGUACUUCAUUGAGCCGCUGGAAAGGGGGACUCAGGAGCUGGAGGACCAGGGACGGGUCCACGUGGUUUACCGCAGGUCGGCUCUGGUGCAGGCUCCCUCUGAUAUCUCUGUGGACUACCAGCUAAAAGAACCAGAGCUGGAUGUACCUGGGACCCUGGACACUGUAGCCCGGCAGGUCAAUGAGACGGUCCUCCGCCGUCGUCGCAGAGAUGCUGGACAAGACGACUACAACAUUGAAAUCCUGCUGGGAGUUGAUGACUCAGUGGUUCGGUUUCACGGCAAAGAGCACGUGCAGAAUUACCUCCUCACUCUUAUGAAUAUCGUGAAUGAGAUUUACCACGACGAGUCCCUGGAAGUCCACAUCAACGUGGUCCUGGUGAGGAUGAUCAUGCUGGGAUAUGCCAAGUCCAUCAGCCUCAUUGAAAGAGGCAACCCAUCAAGGAGCCUAGAGAAUGUGUGCCGCUGGGCAUUUGUGCAGCAGAAAGGCGACCCUGAUCACGCCGAGCACCACGACCACGCAAUAUUCCUCACUCGCCAAGGCUUCGGCCCCACGGGGAUGCAGGGUUAUGCUCCGGUCACAGGAAUGUGCCACCCAGUCCGAAGCUGCACCCUCAACCAUGAAGACGGCUUCUCCUCAGCCUUUGUUGUGGCUCACGAGACCGGACAUGUGUUGGGUAUGGAGCACGAUGGCCAAGGCAACCGCUGUGGGGACGAAACGGCGAUGGGAAGCGUGAUGGCUCCUCUGGUGCAGGCGGCCUUCCAUCGAUACCAUUGGUCCAUGUGCAGCGGACAGGAGCUGAAGAGAUAUAUCCACACGUACGACUGUCUCUUGGACGACCCCUUCAAACAUGAUUGGCCGCAGCUUCCUGAACUUCCUGGCAUCAACUACUCAAUGGAUGAGCAGUGUCGAUUUGACUUUGGAGUGGGCUAUAAGAUCUGCACUUCAUUUCGUACAUUUGACCCAUGUAAACAGCUAUGGUGCAGUCACCCGGACAACCCUUAUUUCUGCAAAACCAAAAAAGGGCCGCCUCUCGAUGGGACAGAAUGUGCUCCCGGAAAAUGGUGCUACAAAGGUCACUGCAUGUGGAAAAACCCAAAUCAGGUCAAACAAGAUGGUGCCUGGGGCUCCUGGAGCAAAUAUGGCUCUUGCUCGCGCUCCUGUGGAACUGGAGUUCGCUAUCGGACACGUCAGUGCAACAACCCAGCGCCCUCAAACGGUGGCCAGGACUGCCCUGGAGUGAACUACGAGUAUCAGCUGUGCAACACUGACGACUGCCCCAAGCACUUUGAAGAUUUCCGAGCCCAGCAGUGCCAGCUCCGCAACUCCCACUUUGAAUUCCAAAGUGCCAAACACCAUUGGCUGCCCUACGAGCAUCCCGACACAAACAAGAGAUGCCACUUGUACUGCCAGUCAAAGGAGACAGGAGACGUAGCGUACAUGAAGCAGCUGGUGCAUGAUGGGACAAGAUGCUCCUACAAAGAUGCCUACAGUGUGUGCGUGCGUGGAGAAUGUGUGAAAGUUGGCUGCGACAGAGAGAUUGGCUCCAACAAAGUUGACGACAAAUGUGGCGUCUGUGGUGGAGACAACUCCCACUGCCGCACAGUUAAAGGAACAUUCACCCGAACACCAAAGAAACCCGGUUACCUUAAGAUGUUUCUCAUUCCUCCUGGAGCUAGACAUGUCAUCAUCCAAGAACAUGAGGCCUCCCCUCAAAUUCUUGCAAUCAAGAACCAGGCAACAGGGCAUUACAUCCUCAAUGGGAAAGGAGAGGAGGUCCAGUCUAGAAGCUUUAUCGACUUGGGUGCGGAGUGGCACUACAUCAUCGAGGACGACGUGGAGACGCUUCACACUGACGGACCUCUGCAUGACCCCGUGGUGGUUCUGAUUAUACCCAAAGACAAUGAAACAAGAUCUACUUUGAUGUACAAGUACAUCAUCCAUGAAGAUUCAGUGCCUGUCAACAACAACAAUGUGAUCCAGGAGGACACAUAUGAGUGGGCUCUGAAGAGCUGGUCUCCAUGCUCUAAGCCUUGUGCCGGAGGGUUUCAGUACACCAAAUAUGGAUGUAGAAAGAAAGGAGACACUAAGAUGGUCCAUCGAGGCUACUGCGACGCCAGCAAGAAGCCAAAGCCUAUCCGCAGAAUGUGUAACCUUCAGGAUUGCACACAGCCUCAAUGGAUCUCAGAGGAAUGGGAGCAUUGCACCAAAACCUGCGGCAGCCUGGGCUUUCAAAUCCGAACCGUUCGCUGCGUGCAGUUAUUCCACGAGGGCACAAACCGCUCCGUUCACAGCAAGUACUGCAGCGGGGAGAAGCCAGAGAAUCGGAGGCCCUGUAACAGAGUCCCAUGUCCUGCCCAGUGGAGAACCGGAGCGUGGUCAGAGUGCUCUGUGACCUGUGGAGAGGGGAUGGAGAGGCGUCUGGUCACUUGCCGAAUUGGAGAUCAGUGUAACGGCGAAAAACCUGACAACGUGAGACCAUGCAGACCAGGACCCUGCCACGAUGAGCCAUGUAAUGGAGACAAAUCCAUCUUCUGCCAAAUGGAGGUCCUAGCGCGAUACUGCUCUAUUCCGGGCUACAACAAACUAUGCUGCGACUCCUGCAGCAAGCGCAGUGGAGCUUUGUCUCUUUUCUCCGAAGCAACUGAGAUGGAGGAGCAUGUCCGCUUCGGAUCCGCCUCCCAGCUGUUGGAGACAUUAACAGCCUCAGCCGUAGUCAACAGCACUCGCAGUGGUAAACACGGCUCAGGCAAAGGAUCCACCACAUUGGGCAAAGCUGCAAAGCAUGUCACCACCGCUCCCCCUCUAAAGAAAACCCUGUUGAAGAUCACCACUGCACCACGGCGGGUCCGACGACACAUGGGUCUCCCUGAUAGUAAGCUGCCCGCUAUCAGCACAUCUCCUCCAGGUAGUCCCACAGAUGGUCAAAGGUCAAGCAACUUGAAAGAUAGUCGGUGGCCUACUGCGUACUCUAAAGUGGAGAGAUGAAAGCGAUGCCCUUCCCCUUCAGAACUCUUAAUGUACAGCAGAUAAUCCAGCUUCAUCCUGAGUCUUCUCAUGCCAUAAAACACAACCAAGAGACAAACAAGGAGGGAGAGAAAGAAAAGUGCUGGUUCACUUUUUUGU